AUGCGCCUCAAUGGAUGUGGGUCUGAGGGUGUCACUUGUUCAUGUGGUGCAGUAUCGCCUCAAUUCCGAUGCUCUGACUGUCAUGGCACUCAAAUGUUCUGCCGCGAAUGUACACUUCAAAACCAGGUAUAUCAUCCUUUGCAUAGGAUUGAGAUAUGGAACGGGUCUUUUUUUCAGUGUAUCACACUCAAACAGCUUGGCAUUCGAGUACAACCUGGCCAUAACCCAGGAGAAAGGUGCUACAAACCUUCUCCCGCUGCCGGGCUCGAUGGCAUUCAUGAAAUUGCACUGGACUUCUGUGGCUGCGCUUCAGCUCAGAUUUGGUACAAACAACUAUUACGUAUGCGGUGGUAUCCAGCCACAGUCUCAGAGCCUCAGACUGCAGCAACCUUUACGGUUCUGCAGCAUUUUCAUAUUCUAUCAUUUGAAAGCAAGGUAUCUGCUUACAAGUUUUAUCACUCCCUUGCAAGGCGCACCGACAAUUCUGGGUUAGUAGCGAUCAGGGAUCGGUAUUCCGCUUUCAUGCGGAUGGUAUGCCAAUGGUGUAACCUCAAACAACUUGGCCGCAGAGGAAGGGGACAUGACCCUGCCGGUGUCAAUGCUACAGCCGAAGGAGAGUUAGCUGUUCUCUCCCCCGCAUGCCCACAGCCCUGGGAAGAAUCUUCCGCUAGACUGGGAGAAGGAGCCUCUAUUUACCAGGUAAGAUGUUGGUCGUCUUUCCCUAAUUUUGCUGAGCUCACACGUUAUCUGAGCAGAUGGAAAUAUGUGCUAUUUGUUGCAAUAGAUGCGAACUUUAGAUUGAAGCACAAGGUGGUGUCUUCUGAUACUGCCGACCCUAGCCUUAAUGCUGGAUGGGCGUAUUUUGUGCACAAGGACUCAUACAAGUCUUACCUCGCAGAUCGUGCUACUGAAAAGCAAGAGCGAAGCACAUGUGUAAGCCACAAUGCGGUCAACAUGGUGGAUACCAAGUCCUCCCGUGGGCUUGCUGCAACAGGAGUUGGGACAAUUGACUGCGCAAGACACGACAUGAAGCUCCCUAACGGAGUUGGAGACCUACAGAAGGGGGAACGGUACAUCAACAUGGACUAUAUCAUGUGUUCCGCGCUCCUCAUCCUUGCGAUGUCCAUGAUCAAUAUAUCCUAUGACAUUGCCUGCCAGUGGCACAAGAGACUCUGGACUCAAAUGGAAACGAUGCCGGAAUGGCUUUCCCCCCCUCGUCAAUCUUCCCUUAUACAUUUUUUUGUGCUGAAGUUCCACAUCCAGGCCCACGUCGAUAAGUGUCGCACAAACUUCUCUUUCAACUGCGAAGCCCCUGAACGGGGCUGGUCCAAUAUCAACCGAGUGGCAUCAAGUACCAAGGAAAUGGGACCGGGAGCACGCUGGGACACUUUUGAUGAUCACUUCAGUGAUUUGAACUGGAAAAAAAUAACAGCAUUAGGGCGGACAUUGCAUAAGAAGAUGGUUGAAGCUGUCAAGUGGACGAAGGAGCACUCCGAAGCCCUCGCGGAACUGGAGAAGACUAUUCAGCCGGCUCUCAUUGCUCAAUGGAAGGCAGAGGUGGAAUCCUGGGAGGAGGAUAACUCCUCUCCGAAUCCCUUUGAAAGCCGUGCUCAAGACCUUCAAGCUGGAAUUAAUGUCUCGCUUCACACUGAUGUCUCUCCAAGUGGAUUGAUUACAUCGGGCAUGGAUCUCAAGGAUCAACAAUCCAGUCUUGCCAAUGUCUCCCUCCAUGACACCGAUAAUCAGAAGGCUACAACACAAACUCAAAUCGCCUCCCUCCAACGACGGCUUGAUGCGUGGGCCCGCAUCCAGGAGCUAUAUAUGCCAGUUGUCUGUCAACUCCGGCAUCGAUCAUCAGAGGCUAGCGGGAGGCCGCAGGAACUGAAACCCGAAUACUUCAACCUGUGGCUCCCUUCGCAACUUCCAGCUGGCACCCCUGUAGACCAGACGCUUGCUGGCCACGAGUGGGAGCUAUGCUACGCGCAGGCCCUCGAUGCCCUGAAUGAAGUUCAUUCCCACCUCUGGCUUCAAUCCCACAUGUACAAGUACAAGGAUAAGAAUGUCCGUGGUCAAGCGGGUUCCACUCGCACCAAGAAAAUCAUUGAUGCCGUGGAAUUGAGGAAGCACGCCAGUGUAUUGAAGUACAGACGUGCGUGCAGCGCCCUGCUGUCUCUUGGCCACUGUCUUGAGAAGUGCGGUUGGGAGCUCACCAUGCGCCCGCUUCUUGACUCUGAUGUUAAGCCUAUGGGUGACAUGGAGCAGCAAGGGAGAGGAACCAUCUCCUGGAUUUGGUUAGACUCCUGUGCUGAUAACAGCUGUACAGAAAAUGAACGCAUACAGGAUUGUGUCCGCUUGGAAUGGUGCAAGGCUCGUGCCCACGCACACCGGUGGUCAGAGGAGGUGGAAUUAUUGCUAGAGGAGAUGAGACAAGUGCUGGCAUUUUUGAGAUGGCAAGGGUCCUGGUGGAAGGAGCGCAUGACUCUCCGAAUGCUCAACUCAGCACCUGCACAAGAGGGACUGUCAGCAUAUGCGUGUCGCCAGUCUGCACUGCAUGUGCUGCUGAUAGCCAAGUUUCAAAGGCUGUGGAGUGAUGUGCCUACCCUUGUCUCUGGUGGUGUCCUGAUUCUGGAGAGCGGAGAGAUAGAUGCUCCUACUAUUGAUGCUCCCCCACAGUUAUAA